AUGUAUCCAUUCAAUCGAUUGGCAUCGAUGAAUGCGGGCGAUGAAAGAAAUCAUUCAAGACAUCAAACAAUUGUUCCCAAAAGUUUCAUGGCAAACAUUGUAGAGAUGUCACUAUUGACAAAUGGAUGGAAAGAAGAAUUGGGCGUGCCGAAAGAUGAAGAACCAUUCAUUGAUGCAUGUUCUGAAUCUCCAUCACAAGGACCGACAAUGUUGCCGUUUCGAAAUGUGAAAUGUUUUAGUCGUUCAAUCGGUCCCGUUCUUCAAUUCCUUCGCAUGAUCGCCUUUUUCCCGGGAAUUUUUCAAAACAGUAAUCGACGACGAGAUCGCAGAUUCAUUAGAGCUAUUUAUUUCCUCCUCUACAACUUCUCGAUUCUCGUCAUUUUGUUGAACUGUUUUUUGAGUAAAGUCACCAUCGAACAAAUGAUGUUUUAUCAGUCUCGUUUCGGAUUGAUGCAUUCAUUGACGGUUUCUUCAAUCGUUUCCGGCAUUAAGCCACUCAUAAACGCGGUUGUCAUCCUGAUUUUCAUCAUCAACAUCAAGGCACAUUAUCGUCUCAUCAGUACGGUUGAUACGGUGGAUCUCUGUUUCCGUGCCGCAUUCCACACCACUCCAAACACCGCUCAAUAUAUUUGUGUUUUCUUUUGCAUCUCCUUUUUUUUCUUUUUCACCCCACUUAUUCUAUUCGUCGUUGAGUUCUUUUCAUUCGGAGAGUUCAUUCACCUUGGCUCGUUUCUCGAUUUUCGAUUUCUUCUAGUUCCGAUGCUUUCAUUGUGGAAUAUCGUACCACUUUUGUAUUAUGACAUGUACAAUCGAAUUGUUAGAUUCUACUGCCGAAUCUUGAUCCAUUCACUCGAUAAAGAGCACCUGAAGCGGCAUUUCUCGCUGAAAUUUUACUAUGAGCAAUUUCUCCGAAUCACGAAUGUACAGGAAGCGAUCGGUGGUCUCUUCAACCCGUAUUUAUUCUUUUCCUUAGCUUGGUCAAUGGCUAUCCUUUGUUUAUCCAUUUAUUUCGUCACCCAACCAUCAGAAGAUAUUUUUGUCACAAUUGCUCCCGAAUAUCAAAGCGUGGACUUCCAGAUUUUGAUCAAGAAAAAAGUGAAAUUCGCGAUGAGCUGGAGUUUUAUUCAGGUAUUCGUCGCCUCAUUGAAUGUCUUGAUGAUCUGUUGGUCAGGAAUGCAAACGAAUGAAACAACUCGAGAAAUCGUCGAUCAUGUGCUUCGAAUCGUGCCCGAUGCGAAUGCAGAUUUGGAUCGAUUUCAGAUCUCGUGUUUCGUUCACAAAAUGACCACUCAAUUCAUGUGGGGAAUGACCGUCUGGAGAGCUUUCCUCCUUCAAAGAACCACUUUCUUUACGUUAAUUUCUGUGAUAAUCACGUACGCGUUCCUUUUGCUCAAAUUGAAAGAAAAUCCCGAAUUAUCGCCGAAAUCUUUCAAUAUUCAAUCAUCGGGAAAUUUGAAUACAACAACAACAAUAAUGACAACAAUAUUGAUGAUGAAUACGACAUUUAUUCCAUCAACCACAACCGCAACAACUACCACAACAUUCGGAUAU